UGGACGGCGGCUGCUGUGGGUCAGUUUCGCCGCCGCGUUGGUGCCCCGCAGGCCGCGGCCGGGCGCGCGGGGGGAGGCGAUGUCCGUGAGCAGGGAGUGCAGGGCCCGCAGCGCACAGCACCAGCACCAGCACCGGCGCGGCCUGCGGGCGCCGCGGGGCGCAGCGGGCGCGGGCCGGGCCUGAGGCGGGCGCCGGGAGCCCUGAGGGGACGCGUCACGCGGGGCCGGGCCGGGCCCCCGGCGCGGUGGCGGCGGCGGCGGGCCGAGGAUGGGCAUCCUUUUCACCAGGAUAUGGAGGCUGUUCAACCACCAGGGUUUGCAUCAUCCAUUCUCCCUAUAGAUGAACUGCUCCACAUGAUUUCCUAGUAUCAGCUUUGCUGGCAACAUCUGUCAGAAACAAAAGGGCCUUAUAUGGGGUCAGAGCACAAAGUAAUCAUUGUUGGUCUGGAUAAUGCAGGAAAAACUACAAUUCUUUAUCAAUUUUCUAUGAAUGAAGUGGUGCACACUUCACCUACGAUAGGGAGUAAUGUAGAAGAGCUUGUGGUUAAUAACACACGUUUUCUAAUGUGGGACAUUGGAGGACAAGAAUCGCUUCGAUCUUCGUGGAACACCUACUAUACAAAUACAGAGUUUGUAAUAGUUGUUGUGGACAGCACAGACAGAGAGAGAAUUACUGUAACUAAAGAAGAACUCUAUAAAAUGUUAGCACAUGAGGACUUAAAGAAAGCAGGUUUGCUGAUUUUUGCUAACAAACAAGAUGUGAAAGAGUGCAUGACAGUAGCUGAAAUAUCCCAGUUUCUGAAGCUGACUUCAAUUAAAGAUCACCAGUGGCAUAUCCAGGCCUGCUGCGCUCUAACUGGCGAGGGGUUGUGCCAAGGACUUGAAUGGAUGAUGUCAGGACUUAAAAUCAGAUGAUUUUUAAUGACCUCUUUGCACGGACAUUGCAUAAAAAAGUGCAGUAGCCAGGGUUACAUUGACAGCUGCAAAAUUAAUGGAUAAAAUAUUUAUAAUGAACUGAUUUCACCUUUAUUUCUGCACUCUCACACAUUAAGUCUCUCACCUCCCUGCCCUACCCCUUUGCUUUGAAACCAAGAUGAAAAUUUGAAGGCUCUGAUUGUGGGUCUCCCAUUAGUUUCCUCUGAAGACAGAUAUAAAAGCUGUAAUCAACGCUCUUCUCAAGAUAAAACCACUCAGGACAGUAUAGUACUGCAUGUGGUGAGUAUGAAGUGAGAGGAAGGAAUUUUAACUUUGCAUUUUAUUAUACUAUACCAUUGGUAGUUCUCACUAGUUUAAGAUUUUGGCCUCAUUCUUCCGGUAAAUUAGCAACCAGAUCAGUGGCAUAGGUAUUGACUUUCCAGUAUUUUUAAAAUUUACUGAUGUGUUACAGAUGCAAAACUAUAUUCCUGUAUGUGUACUGUACAUAUUGUGUAUAUUUAUACCUAAAGUUUGUUAAUCAAAAUGUGUUCUAGGAAGAAGUGAGUAACACUGAUUCUCAGUACACUCAAAAUAGUACUAAUGUGGACAUUGCUGACAUGUCACAACUGCUUUCCUUUAUAUUUUCUGUACAUCUGUAACUUUCUUCAAACAGUUGGUACACCGCAUCUUUAUAAAGUGAAAUCUCUUACAACUGUUGCUUAUGUUUCUCACAUGAUUUUGCAAUUGGGGAAGAUGAUAAAAUGGCAUGGGGUGUAUGAAUUGUUUUUUAUACUUGAUUCAGUGUUGGCAACCAGAUGCAUUUAAAAAAAAAACCAAACAAACAGCCAAAGAAUUGCUGGAUGAGACGGUAAUUACAAACAAACAAACAAACAAACAAAAGUGUUAAUUUAUGGUUUAUGCCGUCACUUCUAAUGCUGGUAGUAUGUAGUCAUUUAUGAUAGAGUUCAACAUGUGGGUCAAUUGUUAGCUUUUAAUAAAGGGGCAAUAUGUCUUGAUUUUUUUUUUUUCUCCCUUCUACCUCCUCCCCCUUAUCCAAGGUAGUGACCAACAAGUGUGCUUAAAUGUCCCAUUUGGAAUCUUCCAAAGCAGGUUUCUAACCUCUACAGGGAAAUAGGAAUACUUUCUGGUGAUACUACAAAAUUGCAUAGUAACUUUAUGUCUAUUUUAAUAUUCUAGACCAAGGUGGGAAGGGGUUUAAGAAUAUCAAAACGCAACACACAAAAAUCACACUGUUCCACAAACUGUGGACUGGGAAUUGUUACCUGAUCCUGUUCCCAUAGAAGUCCAUGGACAAACUAUCAUGGACAUGAAUCAUACCCCUGUGUGAUUUCCCGAGGUGAGAUUUCAGGGGGUCAUGACUACCCUACCUUUUCGAUAUUGUUAAAUGGGAGGGGUGUCCCAAUGUGAAAAAUGUUAAGAACCACUAAUGUAAAAUUUGAGAUUUAUUAUGAGAAUGAAGCUUGGGUGGUUUGAAACAUUAUCAGUAGCACAAGAUGUGUUCGUGGACUUAGUUUCACAUGUUGACUUCUUAGAUGUAAAUUAAAGGGAUAUUGCAAAACUAAGCAACAACAUUUUAGAAAGUCCUUUCUUCCUUAAGAAUUUAAUAAGGACAGGAGUGACUCCAACCUUGUGUUUGGGGGUGUGUUAAAUAAGGCAGGAAAGGACAUUUCAUCUUUAAAUGAUGAAGCCAUGAUAUCACAGUUAAUGCAUUCAUUUUUAUGCAACUUUAGCUGUUUGUGAUUUCAUUGUAAUCAGCGGAAAUGUUGAGAGAGAUUUGGGGACCAGAUAAUGGAGGCAACUUCAGAAGUUCACAUUUAACAGCUGUGUUGUCCUAAGUACAAUACAGAUAUAUCGGAAAGGUCUCUCAAAUCUUUUUAUCAUGGCAUUUGGUUGGUGGGGACUCUCCACUGCCCAUUAAAUAAAUAUUUUUAAAUGUGUACAUGCAUAUAUUUACAAUGCAUGCACAUAGAGAUCAGUGUUAUACAGUAUUGAGGAAUAUAUAAAUGUUUGAGGAAAAAAUAACUUCAAAGCAAAAAUUGUUUCUGAGUUUAUUCUGAAAACAUUUUCAAAAAACAACAUAUGUACAUUAUUUGGACCUAGGAAUGAACAAUUCUAUAUUUUUCUAGUCUAACAAAAAUUAAAAUUUCAGACCUAACUCUAUAUAUAAAAUGUUCAGUUUUGGAGCACCACCUCGAUUUUUUUUACUUGAAUGUUUGAAGUACUGUGUUCUUUUGCCUAAAUUUCUAUAGAUUUUAUGCAUUAAGGAUUUUAUGCCAUCUCUUUCUUCUGGUCAAGUUUUGAGGACUUAAAAUGUUUAUCUUAAGUAGCACGACUAAAAGGAGCCUCAAGUGUUUUUUUCCAAAAAAAAAAUAAUGCUUGUGUCAUAAAUGAACUUACUAAUGAAUGUGAAUUGUCAUCUCGUUUGCACUUCCACAUGAAGGAGAUGCCACUUGAUAUUUUCAUCUUAACCUCAUUGUAGUAUCCCCAUAACUGCAUGCUUGCUUUUAUUGUCUCACUUCCAGUAUUGGCUGUAGGUUCCAUUAGGGGGGAACCUAGACUCUUUACAUAGUUGUGGUGCUGACUUAAAGACUGUAAAAUUCCUACAUUUAUAAUUACCAUAUAUGAUCUGGUAUGCAUUGAACAGCAGUGGAGCCUUAAAAGCUAAGCCAUCCACUUCCUCUUACUGCUGCAUGUUUUGUUUUUGUUUUAUUUUUUUAUUAGUGUUAUACCUAAUGAUUCUGAUCCAUAUUUUUAACCACUUUUUUGGUUACUGUACAGCAGUUUAAAAGGAGGAGAAGGAGGGUUGCUUUUCUCUUGCAGUCGAACUCCAUUGCUGUUCAAUAGUUAUAUGACUGCACUGGUAUUGUAUGUUUGGCAUAUAUUUGAACAGAAGCUGGUAAUAGAGGUAAUAGAUGGCAACAGUUUUCAGACCUACCUCACAGGGGUGUUGUGAGGCUUCAUUAAAGUUUAUCAAAUGCA